CAUUGAAAUUAAAACAUUUUGGUCGCAUUCCCUUGAAGGUCUCUCUCAGUAUCGAAAGUGUGUGCUUAAUCGUUAGUAGCUGCGAUACAGUACAAAAAAAUAUUUUUGUGUUUCAUAUUUUUUUAUACAUUUAAUUUGAUUUGCUUUGAGUGCUCGAUAUGAACGCAAGCAAACAUUGUCCAGAUCUGCACGAGCGUGCAAAGCGCAUCCAUGAGCCCGGCAAGGUAUGCCGGGAGAUGCUCUAUCUGCGCUCCAAGCGCGUGCUGCGAGAGGUGCCAGCGUUUACCUACCAGGCGCUGCAGAGGGGCACGGUAGUGAAGCCGCCGACCAAAAUCGACAUAUUCAAGCGCCAGCCUGUGAAGGAGACUGUGUUUAAGAUUUACUUUAUGCGUGGCGAUAUACCGGUGGCGCUGUCGGGACGCAGCAAUAAGCAGGAUCCGACCAAGGAUCGUCCGUUGCGCUGGCAUUGCAAGCCCGAAGAUCUGGACUAUUGCUACUACUUGCCCAUCUUCUUGGAUGGCUUGGCGGACAUUGACAGUGACACGCGUCUGCUGGCGGUUAAUGCAGCUGUCGAUCUGAUUAUGAGACAACCACACAAGGUGCUGCCAGUGCUGCCCAAGCUCAUAUUGCCGCUCAAACGUGCGUUCCAGACGCGAGAUAAACGCAUCAUCAUCACAGCUCUGCAGGUGCUGCAGCUUAUGGUGCGUUUGGGUCCAUGUGUGGGUCAGGCUCUGGUGCCAUUCUAUCGCCAACUCUUGGCCGUCUGCAAUCUGUAUAAGAACGUAAACGUGAAUCUUGGCGAGGGCAUCGAUCCAGAUCGUAAUAAGCGCAUUGGCGAUGUCAUUGAGGAUACGUUGAAGCUGCUCGAAUUCUGCGGCGGUCCCAAUGCCUUUAUCAAUAUCAAGUACAUGGUUCCCACCUAUGAGAGCAGCGUCUUUCCUCGCUGCCAAAUGCCAGACGGCACCAGCAACACCCAUUGACGUUCUUUUGAACUUUAUUCGCUUUUAUUUUUAAUUUUAGCUUGGCUACAGUAAUUUAAAAAUCAUAGUCAGUUAAGUUCAAAAUUUUAUGCAACCAAAUAAACA